UCCACUGAUUCACCGAAUCCGGGAAAAACAAAUUUACUUGUGUCGGUAUUUACCGAAAAAAUGUCAGAAUUUAACCUUGUUGAUGACGCAGUAAAGUCUCUCAACUCGAUUGAAGAGUACUUUAAGGUUGGAAUGGACAUGACAACUGAAGUUGCUCUCGAUUUCCUGGAAAAUGGACAAGGUGAAGAAAAGGAGUUUCGAAACAUGGCCACAAAACUUAUUCAACUUGAUAACGACAUCCAAAACAUUAAAAAGGCAAUUGAAGAAGUGAAACAUGCUGAAUUAGAUGACGGGGAAUGCAUGGAAGAUGUCCUGCAUGCCAAACUGGCAGUGAUGAAAUCCAAUGAACCAGAUUUUCAACAACAUGAGAAACUGCAAGAACUGAAUGAGCGAAUGUUCCGGGCUCUUCAUCCUGAUGAGACCAUGCUGGGGACUUGUGAAGAUGAUGAUAUCGAAAUGACCCAGGAAAUCAACACCAAAUGUCCAUACACAGGCAUGGACAUGGUCCACCCAGUACGCAACAAACUGUGUGGUCACAACUAUGAGCGAGAGGGGAUCAUGCAGUACAUCAAGCAGCGAAAGAAAAAGGCCAAGUGCCCUUUAAGUGGAUGUGGAAACGAGAAACCAGUUGAAGAAUCGGACCUGGUUGAGAAUAAAGAACUGAAAAGAUACAUAGAGAAAAACAAGAAAUCAAAAUGAGGAUUUUAUUGUCAGAUUCUUGAUAUCCAGUAAUGCAAUGUCACUACAUACAUGUUUAUUUUUUGUGGUUUGUGUUUAAAUCAUGAAUUAUGAACAUAUCCCAACAUCACACAGUAUUUUUCUUAUUAAGAGUGCAAUCUCUCAUUAAGAUUAUGUUGAUACCAAAAAAAAGUCAAUAUUCGUAAGAGAAAUAAUUAUUGUGCAGAAAUUGGUCUUUGAGUCUGAUUUAUUCAUAUUCAGUAUAUUACUUAAGAUCAUUGUCUUUGUCAAUGACCAGUUUGAAGAAAAAUAGAGAGUUGAGAUUUAGAAAUGACUAGAGCAUUAUUGUUUUGUUUUUUGCCAAAACCUAAACUCUUAAAAGUAAAAAAUGUGUAAAUUGAAAUGAUCUUUAAAACAGAAUGCUCAAAACUUAUAUUACCUGUACAUUUUUAUCAUGGCAUAGUUUGAAGAAAUUUUAUAGUUGAAAUAGAGAAAUGACUUAAGUAUUUUUGUGUGUUUAUUGCCAGAUCUUAAACACUUAAAAGUCAAAAUUGUGAAAAUUGAAAUGAACUGUAAUACGGAUUGUUCAGAUCUUAAGAUAAACUUAAGUGCUGUUAUAAAGUUUAUUUGUCAAAGAAGUCAUAAGUACAAAUAUGUAUUUUUUGUAAUAAAUGUUUUGUCUAAAUUGUUUCUGAUGGUUUUAAUACUCUUGGAAUGUUCAGAACUUCAGUGCUGUCAUAAAGUUUAUUUCUCAAAGUCAUAAGCAAAAAGAUGUGCUACUAAUUUGUAAUAAGUGUUAUGUUUCA